CCGCUGCUGGCUGCUUUUUGGUGGGGUUGUGCGUGUGGCAUCGGCAAGAUGAUUUCACAUAGCCUUCGGCAAUGUGUUUUCUCUACACCAAAGUCACUUCCCUCCAUUUCUGCUAGAUGCUUUUCUAAAGAAAUGGCACAAAAAGCACCAGGGAAGCUUCUGGACGUUCUAGGCUACCGUAUACACUUUGAAACAGUCGGAAACGGACCCAAGGUACUCGUUUUACUGCCGGGAGCCAUCGGAUCUACACGGACAGACUUUAGUCCCCAGCUAGAGAAAUUGGACAGGAAGCAGUUCACACUAGUGGCCUGGGAUCCACCAGGCUAUGGAUUCAGCCGGCCGCCGGAAAGGACUUUUCCUGUGGACUUCUACCACCGAGAUGCCAGGGUGGUGGCACAGCUCAUGAAGGCAGGUACCCCACCUUGUAGCUUAUGCCAGUGA